CAUUUGGUCAUAGUGUGUUGUUUAUUUUGUUAUAAGGGAAGUUCUCUCAUACCUGACCACAGGUAAUGUGUGGGAGGUUAUUAUAAUGUUUACUUUACAUUAUGUUGUGUUUCUCUAGUGCCAUCUUUAGAAAAAUGAAACUUGAGGUUGCUGUUGGUUGUGUCAUGUGUUUUAGAUGGAAAGAUAUCAGAUAUUAUUUCCUCUGUGAAAAUGAGAGGCCAAUCAUAUUGCUCUCACGUUGUUCCCUCCCACUUGAUAUGAUUACAUGAAGGAAAUCUUCCUGCAGUAUAUAAACAUCUAAAUCAACGGCUGUCUGAAGAGGAUUCAUUAAAAUGCUGAUCUUAUUCCAACUGCUGCUGCUGCUCGGAGCGAUGGGAAGCGCAUUCGAUCAGAUCUUUGAGACAAAGACUGCUGAUGUCGGAGAUGAAGUGAAGUUGAUGUGCAGCCGCCGCCAGAAGACGGUCAAACAAGAGCCUGGAAGCUUUGUUCUGUACAUUAACAAAGCAGAGCCGAGUGAUGCUGGAGUUUACUACUGCAUGGAACAACUUAACCUUGACCUGAAAUUAUUGAUUGGAACCUUUCUGAAAAUUAAAGGACCAGAACCUGAUAUAACUGCCGUCAUUCAAGUCCGUCCAUCUGACCCGGUCGGGUCAGGAGACUCUGUGACUCUGCAGUGUUCCUUCCUGUCCGGCUCUGACAACCACACAUGUCCAAGAUAUGACAAGCUGUACUGGUUCAGAGCUGAUGAAUCUCAUCCCAGUUUAGUUUAUGUUCAUGGCAGUAGUGGUGAUGAAUGCGACGGGAGCCUUGAAGCUCACUCACCCCAUAGAUGUGUCUUCAAUUCCUGUAAGAGUUUUAGUUCCUCUGAUUCUGGGACUUAUUACUGCGCUGUGGUCACAUGUGGAGAGAUUUUAUUCGGACAUGGAAUAAAACUGGAAACUGAAGUGGUCAACAUGUGGAAUCUACAGAAGGCCAAUACAGUUCUGUGUCUGUUAAGUGCUGCAUUGGCGAUAAGUCUGAUUGUUGUUGUCGUCCUGUUAAAAAAGAAAACGUGUGAUUGUUGCAAAGCUGGAGUUUCUUUACAAACAGAGGCUGCAGCAGUCGGUGGUAAUCCACCAAGUCAGCAGAGACACGAGGACUCUUUGGUUUAUUCUGCACCGACCUUCAGCAGGAGGAAGGCUGGUAAAACAACCGGGAGAAGAAAUGAAAAACCUGCAGAUGAAGAAACGGUCUACUCUGAUGUCAGAGCUUAUGUGAUAGAUUAACAAUCCAAACAGUCGAUUUUCUGAUUUAAAUAGCUCUUAUCGUUCAUGGCUUGAAACUUAUCAUGAGAACAGUCAUUCACAUAAAUGUUACAUCCGAUGUUAUAACAAUAUUUGGAUCGUAUUAAAUAAUAUUUGUAUAAAAUCACAUUUGCAACUGCUUUUGGUGACACCAGACAGAACUGUGCAAUUUAAAUUUCUAAGCAUUUUUCAAGGUCAAUCGUGUUUCUACUCAAACUGGCUUUUGAAAGAUUCAAACUUUCAUACAUUUUCACAUAUGCAAAUUAAAUCUAUGAAUAAAA